GCAACAAGUAUCGAUAUGCAACUACUAUGCGAGGUCUAUUUUUUUACUCCUGGCACUACCUGAACUGGCCGCCGACCCGAUAAGCGUACCAUCGAGGGCUGCAAGCGGGUUGGAAGUUGGAAAUCGCAUCACUGAGCGAACGUCUCAUAAUUUCACAAAGUGAUGCAAAGUGACAACAUGGAAGCUGAAGAGGAAAGUGGGCUACCGAUCCGUCUUAUUCCUGGGUAUGCGACCUUCGAAGACUACCUUCAGGAUGCAUUUGAUGCAAUGAGAGCUGGAAUCAAAGCAGCUAAUAAUUUACCUGUUGGAGACAAUUUCAAUUACUACACUUGUUUUCCAAGCUUUAACGAUGCUAGACACAAAGAUAUGGAGAGAAUGUUGGCUACAAUGCAGAACAUAAUGAAAUUAGCAGGAAAUUCUAGCAACAUCCAAACCCGAGACAUCGACGAAAAGUUUGAUCUUUUAUUGGAAGCAAAUGAUCAUUUACUGGAUCAAGCUAAUAUACUCAUGGAUGAAGAAAGUGGUAUUCUACGAAAUCCUGAAGUAGAAUUGGUUGUGUCACAAAUGCCAAAACCAGUUGUGAAUGGUUCUUGGAAUAUAAGAACUGAUACUAACCAAGUCUCAGAUAAUUCAGAUAAAGUACGGUUAUUGGGUGGAAAAAAUAUACAAAGACCACAAUUGAUGUUCAAGGACAAAAUUAAUAACAGUUCAAAGCCAUGGAUGCCUCGAAUUAAGGAUAAACCAAAUUCUCUGAAGCCAUUGGCUCUUUAUGUUGAAGAAGGUGAACAUGGCGAAGUCUUUAAUCACCCUUAUGAGUUUGAACUGGAUAAAUUUGAAGUAUCAGAAUGUCAGUUAAAGAAGAAAAUACCUGUAAAAUAUAAAUCCUUGAAUGAUACCAACUUGGUAUUCAUUGAUAAGCCAGCUGAUAUUAAGGUUCUUCUAGAAGAUUUGAGAAAUCAUAAGGAAAUAGCUGUGGACUUGGAACAUCAUUCUUAUAGAACGUUUCAGGGCAUUACUUGCUUAAUGCAAAUAUCCACGAUACAAACCGAUUACUUAAUUGAUACUUUGAUCCUGCGAUCAGAAUUACAUCAACUCAAUGAAAUUUUUACUAAACCUUCAAUCUUGAAGGUCUUUCAUGGUGCUGAUCUGGACAUUUUAUGGCUUCAAAGGGAUUUGUCACUGUAUGUAGUGAACAUGUUUGACACACAUCAAGCUGCAAAACAGCUAAACUUACCCUAUCUCAGUUUAGCUUAUCUAUUAAACAAAUAUUGUGGUGUAGAUCCCAACAAACAUUUUCAAUUAGCCGAUUGGCGUAUAAGGCCUUUACCAUCAGAACUCAUGAAAUAUGCAAGAGAAGAUACACAUUAUUUACUUUAUAUAAAGGACAUGCUGAAGAAUGAAUUGAUUGAUGUGGCUAAUGGCAAAAGUAAUCUCUUGAAGGUUGUGUAUGAUCAAAGCACUGAAAUUUGUAAGCGCACCUACGUGAAACCAAUUUGGACAGAGGAAAGUUGUAUGAACAUGUACAGAAAAAGUCAAAAGUCCUUCAACAAUAAACAGAUAUACGCGCUUGUGGAAUUGCACAGAUGGCGAGAUCUCAUUGCAAGAGAGGAGGAUGAUAGUAUCGGUUAUGUAUUACCGAACCAUAUGCUGCUCAAUAUAGCUGAGACACUGCCGCGUGAAAUGCAGGGUAUUCUAGCAUGUUGUAAUCCAAUUCCACCAUUAGUGCGACAAAAUUUACUGAAAAUACACAAGAUAGUGCUGAAGGCUAGGGAACAACCGCUUGUAAAAUUUAUCGCUGAACAGGACAUUCGCCAAAGACCGACACAACAAAAUUCUGCGGUGAACACUGGGGCUUCCUUGUACAUACCACAUGAUAUACCAAGUGGCACAGAAGCAAGAGCAGACUUGCCAUGUCUUUUAGACAAGAAUAUAAUGACAUCAGAACCUUUACAGGCAAACAAGUGUCAGACCAUCAAGCAUACUGUAACAAUAUUUGAUUCAUCAAUUAUAUCAGAGAACAAAAAAACAGAAGGCAAUAUGAAAGGAGAUAAAAAAAAGAUUAUAUUUAUCAGUCCAUUUAUGAGAUACAGGUGUGUCAUACCAAUGGUAAUUGAUCAGGAAGCAAAAGAACGAGAGGAAACAGCAAAAGAACGAGAGGAAACAGAAAAAGAAGAGAGAUUGACUAUGGAAAUCCAGGACAAAUACGUAAACGAGGUUGAGAUUAACGAGAGUAAAAACAGAGUUCAUGAACACUUUAAACAAAUAAUAAAUAAUAAAAAGGCUCUUCAAACACAUACCAAAAAAAGGAAGAGAGAAUUUCAUAUUGGAAAUGAGAGUCGAAAAAGAAAUGACGGCAAUGAUUUUUCUACGUCGACAUCACAUUUAAAUGAUAAAACCGUGCAUGUGUCCAAGAAAGCAAAACAGAAAACACUGGACGUGACUGAAGAACGAAAGUUGCAAGAGAGUCUCGUACAAGUUCAGAGUAAUAGUAGAAUUCAGAGUAAUAAUAGAAAUUCUGUAACAAUUAAAUCAAUAAGAGCUAGGAAAAAAGGUGACAAAAAAGCGAACGAGAAAAUCCUAAAGCAACAGGGUAUGUUACCAUCAGAAAAAUUCGAUUACAAUUCAGUAGACUUUAGCAGUUUCCAAGGUGGCAGUACACAAAGUAAUGCAAAUCAGACACGGUUUCAACAACCUCGACAAAAGAAGAAAGAGAAACGCUUCCAGAAGUGGAAGGAGCAGAAAUUUAAAAUAUAAUUACAACACUACUUUUUCCUCAUUUUCCAUCAAAUUAUCUUUAGAAAAAAGAUAAAUCUU